CGUUUUAAAAUUUAUUAAUUUAUAUUUAUUUUUUAUUCCUAUCUUUUACAUCACUGUGCAGUCCCCAUAAAAUUCCCACCACCACUCCACCCACGAACCAUCACCAUAGGCCCUUGUGCCCUUCUCCCCCCCGCCCUGACACGUUUCCUUCUUUCCAUCAGAGAAUGUCUCCUACCCACAGGUGCCUGCUGGUUUUGUUGUUCGAUUAUUGUUGUUAUUUUUUCUUGAUCCCUUCAUUGGUUCCAUACAUUCCUCCCAUAAGUGAAACCAUUUGGUAUUUUUCCUUUUCCUUCUGGCUUAUUUCGCUGAGCAUGAUCCCUUCCAGCUCCAUCCAUGUUGCUGCAAAUGGCCUGAGUUUAUCUUUUUGGUGGCUGAGUAAUAUUCCAUGGUGUAUAUGUGCCACCUCCUCUUGAUCCAGGAAUCUAUUUUUGGGCAUUUGGGUUGAUUCCAUAGCUUAGCUGUUGUAAGUAGUGCUACAAUAAACACAGGGGUGCAGGUGUCCUUUUGAAUUAAGGUUUUUGUGUCCUUUGGGUAGAUUCCAUCUGCCUGUUUCGACUGCGGUUUAUAUUUGGGAUUAACCCCUGAUACAUGUGCUGGCAACUAUCAUCCACCAUUCCGCAGGCUCUUGUUUGCUUCUGUGAUUUUCUUUUAGAUUCACAAAUUUCUGGUUUACUUCAUCCCGCUGGUUUCUCUGCUACCAUCUCCCUUGCUGCUGGGCUGUGUCCCUGGGGCCUGCUCUGGCUGAUGUCCUGGCUCCCCCUGUAGGUUUGGGACUCAAGACCCUUUAUCUGAGGUGACAGCUCCGGGCAGACGCCCCUGGAGACCCCUGUGAACACGAAGUUUUGAAGAUUUACGAGUCUCUGUGGUGCCUCCUCUCCCUUCACGCCAACAUCAAGCAGUGACGGUGCCAGUCUGCCAUCCCUACCAGCAAUGUUUAGGUUUCCCGCUUGUGCCUGCGGGGAUAACGUGCUGCGAUUUCCUUGUGCAUUUCCCUGAUAAUCGAGGGAAAAGAAGAGAGAGACCCUGCAGAGGGUUGCUCCCUGCCUGUGAGGGCCCAGGAGAGGAACCCUGCCUGUCAUUCGGAUGGAGAAGUAGUCAAGACCCCUGAUCUGUCUGCCCUGCUGGGCUCACAUCGUCUGCACCGCUGAGGGCCAUGGGAGGCAGCACCCCAACCCCCACCCUCAUGGCCCUUCUCUGCCUGGGGCUGUGUCGGGGCCCACGGGACCAGGUCCAGGCAGGGACCCUCCCCAAACCCGCCAUCUGGGCCGACCCAGGCCCCGUGGUCCCCGUGGGGAGCCCUGUGACCCUCUGGUGUCAGGGGUCUCAGCAGGCGCAGGUCUACCAUCUGUACAAAGAGAGGGUCUCUGGAGCCGUGGAGACGGAGCGCCCACACAGCUCCAGCGACAGGGUCGGCUUCCACAGGGAACACACAAGUGCGCACGAUGCGGGACGAUACCAGUGCGCCUAUAACAGCUCCAGCGCCGCCUCCGAAAACAGCACCAGCGCCUCCUCCGAAAACAGCACCAGCGCCUUCUCCGAGAGGAGUGACCCCCUCGCCCUGGUGGUGACUGGAGCGGGGACCCCACCCUCCCUCUCAGCCCAGCCCAGCCCUGUGGUGGCCGCAGGAGGGAACGUGACCCUCGCCUGCAGCUCACAGAACGUAUCGGGCACUUUCCAUCUGCUGAAGGAGGGAGACUCAGACCCGCCCCGACAAAGAAACUCAAGUUUUCUCCAGGGGAGACACCAGGCCCUCUUCCCCGUGGGCCCCUCGAGCCCCUCCCACGGGGGCACCUACAUAUGUUACCAUAAUUCCUACCUCUACCCCCUCAUGUGGUCCGCGCCCAGCGCCCCUCUGCGUCUCCAGGUCACAGGAGCGUACAGGGAGCCCUCCCUGUCGGCGCAGCCGGGCCCCCUGGUGCCGUCUGGACACAGCCUGACCCUGCGGUGCGGCUCGGAGGCCAGCUUUGGCAGGUUCGCUCUGACCAAGGAUGAGGGGCACAUGGGCCCCCAGCGUCUGGACGGGCAGCACAGCCCCGACUUCCCCCUGGGCCCUGUCGCCCGCACCCACGGGGGCCAGUACAGGUGCUACGGGGGACACAACCUCUCCCACAUGUGGUCGGCCCCCAGCGCCCCCCUGAACAUCCUGAUCGCAGGAAUGGACACGAAACCCUCCCUCUCAGCCCAGCCUGGGCCCACCGUGUCCCCGGGGGAGGACGUGACCCUGCAGUGUCGCUCUGACGCCCGCUCGGACACCUUCUACCUCUCCAAGGAGGGGUCGCCUGCGUCCCCCCAGCGCCUGCGUCUGCAGGACACAGCUGCCCCCUCUCAGGCCCUCUUCACCUUCAGGGCUGUGACCUCAGCCCACGGGGGCACCUACAGGUGCUACAGCUCACACAGCGCCUCCCCCUUCCUGCUGUCACACCCCAGUGACCCCCUGCGGCUCCAGGUCUCAGGCCCAGCCCGGCCCCCCGGGGACUACACUAUGGGGAACCUCAUCCGCCUGGGCGUGGCCGCCUUCCUCCUGCUGGUCCUGGGGGUCCUGCUCUUGGAGGCUCUUCACAGCCACAGGAGGGCCCGAGAUGUGGCAGGAGGUGGGCCCAGAGGACCCACAGGCGGACCCAUGAAUUUUUAUGACCUUUGAACGACUAAAUGAACUGCACUGAAAAUUGAAAUCAUCAAACAAAAUCAACUCUAGUCCAGCGUAUUUCUCUAUUCGGUUAUUCAAAGCAGUAUGGAAGAUAAACCCGAACCUUUUUAAAAGAAUUAGCCCACUUCUUUAAGCUUUGUGCUUAGAUUUUGUACAGGUCUAUGUGCUGGACUCUGUACAAGUUCGGUUACUCCAUGAAAGGUCUGUCUGCUUUUCCCCGUCACCCAGCGGCCCUUUGCAGAGGCAAACACCACGGUGGCUUCUUAUUCUCCUCACAGAAAGAGGAUCACAGGGCCGAGGCAUCGA